AUGGGGCAGAACUUCAUUUCCUUCCCUCGCCAUGAGGAAGAGCAUCUCCAGCGGACUGUGAGCUGGCACCCUUGCCUUCUGAUUCUUGGCCAGAACUGUAAUGCCAAAUGCCAGUUACUCAACAUACUGCUGGGUGAGAAGCUGCUCCCUACCACCAAAAUCAGCAACGAGGAGAAUUGUAAGAGGCGACGGAUCCGUUUCACACAUGGGACGCAAACACGGAUUAGCCUAGCGCUGCCUGAGCAGUAUGAACUGGUCCAUAUGAUGGCAGCCCACCGAGGGCACUGGGACACGAUACCAGAGGAGGACUUAGAAAUUCAUGGGGACAGCGAAGAUCCUGCUCACCGGAUAGCGGAGCUGGAGGUCAUGCUGCCAUACUCACUACUAAAGGAAGUGGAUGUUGUGGUAGCACCAUGUCGUGGAUUCCAGUCUGCUGAAGCCACCUUGGGAGAGUAUGUGAACCAAGUCUUGCCUGUUGUCAUCUUUGCCAUCAGCGAGGCUGAACUGUCUUCAUCAGAUGAGAAUGAACUGCGUGAAAUCAAAGAGAAAUUCUCUUUGCCCAUUUUCUUCUUCAAAGUGCCAGAGUCGGGGGUUGAGCUGAUCUCUCCCAAAAAAACUGAUCAUGAAAAGUCCUCCCUUUACUGCCAGCUGAUGGACUUGGAGUACCUGAGUACCAACCACUGCAGCUGCGGGGCGCCCGGUCCUGACGCUGAUGCCCAAAGCAUGCUGGUGGAGCAGUUUGAGAAGCUCCGUCUCCUAAGCACUUUUUCCAGGCAGGUGCUUCAGAAGCAUCUUGUGGAAGCAGCUACCAGUUUAAAUGAGGUGCACUGUCGCUGCCUGAACAUCUUCAUCAAUCAGGCUUUCGACAUGCAGCGGGACCUGCAAAUCACUCCCAAGAGGCUGGAGUAUACCCGCAAGAAGGAGAAUGAGCUGUAUGAGUCUCUGAUGAACAUUGCCAACCGCAAACAAGAGGAGAUGAAGGACAUGAUCAUAGAGACUCUUAGCAAUAUGAAAGAGGAGCUCUUGGAGGAUGCUGCUAAUAUGGAAUUCAAAGAUAUCAUCAUUCCUGAGAAUGGGGAACCUGUUAGUUCCAAGGACAUAAAAUGUUGCAUUAAGCAAAUUCAGGAACUGAUUAUUUCUCGUUUAAACCAAGCAGUUGCCAACAAGUUAAUUAGUUCAGUGGACUAUCUGCGAGAGAGCUUUGUAGGGACUCUGGAGAGAUGUCUGAAGAGCCUGGAGGAGUCUUGGGAGGUUUCAGUACAUCCUGCACGGAGUUUGGAGAAGUCAAAGGAUGUUUCUGUACACAUCACAAGCAAUUAUCUCAAACAGAUACUAAAUGCAGCCUAUCAUGUUGAAGUCACUUUCCACUCUGGCUCAACAGUAACCAGGAUGCUGUGGGAACAGAUCAAACAGAUAAUCCAGCGGAUUACAUGGGUUAGCCCCCCUGCCAUCACCAGUGACUGGAAGAGGAAAGUUGCUCAGGAUGCUAUCGAGAGCCUCAGUGCGUCCAAGUUAGCCAAGAGCAUUUGCAGCCAGUUCCGGACCAGGCUAAACAGUUCCCAUGAGGCUUUUGCAGCUUCUCUGCGGCAGUUAGAAGAUGGCCAUUCUGGCAGGCUGGAGAAAACAGAAGACCUGUGGCUGAAGGUGCGGAAGGAUCAUGCUCCUCGGCUAGCACGACUCUCGCUGGAGAGCAGGUCCCUCCAGGAUGUGCUAUUACAUGGCAAACCAAAGUUGGGCCGUGAGCUGGGCCGAGGACAGUAUGGCGUGGUCUAUCUGUGUGACAGCUGGGGAGGGCAUUUCCCAUGUGCACUGAAAUCUGUUGUUCCUCCAGAUGAGAAGCACUGGAAUGACCUUGCACUUGAGUUUCACUAUAUGAGGUCUCUGCAGACACACGAGCGGCUUGUCCAUCUCCAUGGUUCUGUGAUAGAUUAUGGCUACGGAGGAGGCUCCAGCAUUGCCGUCUUGCUGAUAAUGGAACGGUUGCACAGAGACCUCUAUACAGGACUAAAGGCUGGGCUGGAAUUAGAAACACGAUUACAGAUUGCCUUGGAUGUAGUUGAAGGAAUCCGUUAUCUUCACAGUCAGGGACUUGUGCACCGGGAUAUCAAACUUAAAAAUGUCUUGCUUGACAAAAAGAAUCGAGCCAAAAUCACUGACUUGGGGUUCUGCAAACCAGAAGCCAUGAUGUCUGGCAGUAUUGUAGGCACACCCAUUCAUAUGGCUCCUGAGCUCUUUACAGGAAAGUACGAUAACUCAGUGGAUGUUUACGCAUUUGGCAUUCUGUUUUGGUACAUUUGUUCGGGACAUGUGAAGUUACCAGAGGCUUUCGAGAGAUGUGCAAGCAAAGAUCACCUUUGGAACAAUGUUAGAAGAGGAGUUCGGCCGGAGCGUCUGCCGGUGUUUGAUGAGGAAUGCUGGCAGCUGAUGGAAGCCUGCUGGGACGGAGACUCCUCCCAGCGCCCUCUCUUGGGGAUUGUUCAACCUAUGCUGCAGGGGAUCAUGGACAGGCUCUGCAAGUCAAGCUCUGAGCACCCAAAUAAAGGGUUGGAUGACUCUACUUGAAAAGGAAACACAGAAGAAUUUUUAAUUGUGAGAGAAUUCUGAACCCCUAACUCUGCAGAUGGCUUCUUCAGAUGUAGCUCUUUGUGGCUAACAUGAGUGAGACAGGUA